CGGGAGUUCAUCCGCACGGCGAGGACCAAGACCUUCCCGGAGUGGACCGGCGAUUCCGCUCGCUUGUGGCCGAGCCAGAUCAUGGCCGACAGGAUCGUCAUCCCCACUCGGAUGGUGGGUGGUCAAGUGAAGUACGUCUGCAAGAUCGACGCGUGUGCACUGGAAAGCAGUGAAGAAGGCCGGGGCCGGCUGCUGGAUUCCUCCGGCCGAUUGCACGGACACUUGAUGAUGCAGCACGGGCGGCGUUGCGCGAACCCCACGCAAAUCUAUCACGCCUGCGCCGACCCGGAGUGCCGGGAGCAGCUGUUCGAUGCUGACCACAUGAUGGAGACGCACAUCCGGGCCGUGCAUCCGCACCUGUUAAACGGCGGCCAGCCCGUGCUGUACUCGGCGGCCGCCAAACAGGCGCGAGCUCGUCUGGAAGCUCUCGUGACGGAGGAGUGCAUCGGGUAGGCGGUGAGCAGCAGCGUCGACUCGGAAGAGACAGCGGAUACUUGUCUCGGCAACUACGACUG